GAAAACAAGCUCGCAGUAAUAAUCGUGUGGUUCGGUAUUAGCGAUUGCUUCAAUCGGAAUCAGAACAGUAUUGUGAGACAAAAGUCGUUCGAAAAAGUUUGUUACAAAAACGCAAGCUCGUGAAAAUUAGGUCCUUUUUCCGGGGAAAAAGGAGCACACGCGUUUUCGUGUACGCAGUUAACAAAGAAAUCGAACGUUUGCAAAAGGAUAACGCGUAAUAUUUGAUGCGAAUAAGUUUCGGAAAAGUGAAAAGUUCUCGCAGUGGAAAAUCAUCCAAAAAUUUGCGUAAAUAAAGAAGGAAACUGUACGGUUGGUCUCGUCAAUCGUCGCUUGCACAAACAAACAAACUACUAAGCUAAACAGCGCCCAUUUCAGCAUUCCGUUGAAAGGAUCGAAGGACAAACGCAAAAUAUCCACUGAAGGGAGGAUUGAAGAACAAAAGAAAAUUGUGAGAAUCGAUUCUUGCCUUGGUUGUUUCGUUUCGAAACCAUCUGUUUGAUCCUUUUUUGGAGCUGUGGGAGUGUGCGUUUGAAAAUACAUCCGUAACAAAGUGUGCUGCUUACUGGAUUAAAGAGUUGAGCUGUUCGAGUUAAUAUUGUUCCUUAUCUAAAAAUUUGUGGUGUUUUUAUGUUGCUGCCAGUUGCCACGCCUGCACGGUGACAAGGGUGCUGCGAUCCUCCUCCUGAAGAAUGUUCCUGGCAAACCAGAAGAUGUCCUAGAUUACUAGAUUUUAGUGUGUUGCAAGUGUAUACAAUCCAGUAGAAAAAGCUUUCUAUUCGAUUGAGUGAAGAUAGAAGAAGCAGCAAAAGUGCGGAGAAAUUGUGAAACUAGAAAUCUGAAGCAUAAUACGUUCUGUACGAACGGAAAAGAAAACCAGAAAAUAAGCCUGUGCUGUGGGGGAAGAAUACGAAAGAAGAGUGGUGCAUCACACAGAGAGAGAAAGAUCCAGAAUCAUUUUGGACUGUUUUGCCUUAGAGCAAGUACACCGCGCAGUGUGUCGAUGCUUGCAACAGCGAUGGAUAACAAAGAGAAUGUUUAUAAUGCGUCUCGGGACGGCAAUCUGGUUGUCCUAAAGCGAUACAUCAGCGGGCGGCCACAGAAUGAGAUCGAAAUGCUAGUAACAGCCAAGACGGGUGGCGCCACACCACUGCUGAUAGCCUGCCGAAACGGCCACUAUGACGUUGCACAAUAUCUAAUCAGACGAUGCCAUGCCGACGUCGAACAGCCAGGAUCAGUGAUAUUCGACGGCGAAACUAUAGAGGGCGCUCCGCCGCUCUGGUGCGCCUCGGCCGCCGGCCACAUCAGCAUAGUGCGGCUCCUAGUCCAUCACGGUGCCAAAGUGAACAGUACAACCAAGACCAACAGCACCCCGCUGCGGGCGGCCUGCUUUGAUGGGCACUACGAAAUCGUCAAGUACCUAGUGUCGCACAAUGCCGAUAUUGAGGUAGCAAAUCGUCACGGCCACACCUGUCUGAUGAUCGCCUGCUAUAAGGGCCACUACAAGAUAGCACAAUACCUGCUUUCCCUGAAGGCGGACGUAAACCGGCGUAGCGUGAAGGGAAACACCGCCCUGCACGAUUGUGCGGAGUCCGGAUCGCUCGAAAUCCUCCAGUUGCUGCUCCAGCAUGGUGCUACGAUGGAUGUGGACGCUUACGGAAUGACUCCCCUUCUGGCUGCCAGCGUCACCGGUCACCUGCCAAUCGUGGAACACCUGAUCAGUUUACCGUGCGUGAAGCGGGAAGACAAAAUCGCUGCCCUCGAACUGCUCGGUGCAACCUACGUGGACAAGAAACGCGACAUGCUGGGAGCGCUCUCGUUCUGGAAACGUGCCAUGGAAGAUCGAUACAACCGCAACCCCAUCCUGCCGAAACCGGUGCGCGACCCCGUUCCCGCCUAUGAUUACGCACAGGAAGUGAACGACCUGAGCGCACUGGACGAGCUGGUGAUGGAUCCGGACGAGAUGCGUAUGCAGGCGUUGCUCAUACGGGAACGCAUCCUCGGACCGGUCCAUCCGGACACCAGCUACUACAUACGCUUCCGUGGUGCCGUUUACGCAGACUCAGGUCGGUUCGAUCGGUGCAUAGAACUGUGGACGUACGCCCUCUCGAUGCAGCAGAACAUCCUCGAGCCGCUGAAUCCGAUGACCCAGUCGUCGCUGCUUUCGUUCGCGGAACUGUUUAGCUUUAUGCUGGGUGAAGCCGGCCGGCCGAUAACGCGGGGACGCAUCGUGCCGCCGAUCGAAACGUCCGAUAUGUUGAUCAUUUUCAAGAAAUCGAUUCGCGAAGUUCAGCUCGGUCAGAAGAUGCUGGAACAGCUGGCGACCCACGAACGAGACAGCACGGCACUGAACCGGGCGCUCGUUAUCUCGCUGCAUUUGGCCUGCCUGCUGGCCCGGCUGCUAGACGAGGACGAGGAAAUUUGCUGUGAUAACAUGAAACAUCAGAUUCUGCGAGCUUUCUACGAAUUAGUCAGUUUAAAAAUUGUAGCGAAAUCCGGCCGUACGGCGCUGCAUCUCGCGUGCUACAAGGAGGCGGCCCUCGUCGGUCGCUAUCCUGCCUGUCAACUGCCAUCGCCCCGCCUCGCCAAGGCCCUGCUACAGGUCGGUGCCGACCCGAACGCACAGGACGAAGCGGGCAACACUCCACUGCAUUUAGCGGCUCUGACGCGACCCUGCCCGGCCAACCUGGCACAGACACUGCUCCAGUAUGGAGCGCAUUUGGACACCAAAAACCUCGACGGCGACACGUUCGAAUCGUUGCUCCAGUGCCAGCGCCUGCAUGAGCUGGUCAACCCAGUCAAGUUCACCCGCCUGUCCUGCCUGGCAGCUCGCGUGGUGCAGCGUCACGCCAUCCCGUACCACAACCAGGUGCCGAAGUGUCUGUACGAGUUCAUCGAUUCGCACUAGAAGCUCCUCCUCUGACUGAGGAUACUGCGGGUUGGCAUGCUUCGGGUGGCACCCGAAAUGGUGCUAUCUGUUUAGUUUUAAAUGCCCAUUUCAUGUUUUAGUACGUAACCGGGUCCGGUUCGGUCGGGAACUGGAACCGGACUCGCGUGAACCCUUUCAAGCGGGACGGGCUUUUUCGGUUUUCUUCAUGAUGGUCAGCGCAUGUGAUCCCAAUUUUUCAGCGACUUUGUAGGAGGCUGCACCCCCCUUCGAAUGCGUAACCACACUUUAUUUUAUUGACAAGGUUUAUAUAUUAUCAUCAGCUUCCGAUUUGAGCGAGCAAUUCAAAACGGACAAGAGUGAUGAGUCCAUAAAAGUUUAAACCAUUUCGCUGGUCGCUAACCAUCGCGUCAAGAAGGUUCCAUUUUUUCGAACAAUGCGACACAGUUCUUUCGCUUGUGUGCUCAGUCUGGUGGUUAGCUAAGAACCGGCUCAACCCUACCUCCGCCACCUUAACUGAGCAAAAUGAACUUUUACGCCUUCUACGAGUCUGAUGUAACGAGAAAUUAGUUUUCGGUAAGUUUCUCAGUAACAAGUAUGUUUUCGAUUAGUUCGUAAGAAAAAGCAAUCUGCCUUUGCUAUAAUUUUAGUAGUACGUUUAGAAUGGGACGAGUUGAGCGAAAGGUGAGAAUGCGACAGGAGGAACUAUAGUUUUUCAUCAGAUUAUGUCAUCCAAGUUUGUUUUUUCUCAAAACUCAACUAUUUUCUUGCUAAUUACGCUGUUCAUUAAGAUAGAACUAGAAAGUAUUGCUAUAAGUACGCCCCAAAAUAUUUUUUUCUUUGUUAAAACACUGUAAAUAUUGUCCUAUCAUACACACUGAAGAAAAUAAGCGCAUAAGUUUUUUGACAACUGCAGCUGGAUUAUCUGUAAAAUUAAAAAAUUACAUCUCAAAGUGAGGGUUUGUUUCUUUUUAAUCCUCUGUCCUGAAAAGGGCAGGAAUCCAACUAGCAAACGGGGCGAAUGUAUUAUGUUAGGUAACGUAACGUAUCUCAACUCAUCGUUCGACGCAUAGAUCAAUCCUUGAACCUUCGCUAAAUCUUUAGCCUUACACAAACUUCCCUCUAACUAACAUAACCUGACACUCACUCAAACAAAACACAAAGCUACAUGUAAUGUCGUCGUGAUAUCACUUUCGUAAGUGAAACAAAAACUUAGAUUAUCAACUCACACCCCCUUACCUAUUAUAGUUUAUCUAUAAAUCAUCAUUUAUUAAUUACUAUACAACUGCAUGACUCAAUCUGUAGGAAAAAAAUAAUCAGAAUAAGGAAAAAUGCGAAUAGAAUCAUUCAAUCGUUGGUAAAGUCUAGCCUAUGAUACGGAUAAGCAUAUACAUAUAAUCAAAUAUGGACAUACCAACCCAGCAGCAGCAGCAGUUUGUGCUUUGUUUGAACAAAAGUUUAAAUGCGUAGCGAUAAAUCAGCAUACCUACCUAUAGUAGCAAUUUGAAAUGAAACGAAAUAUACCAACCUAAUAACACCUAGUAGAAACUGAUACCAAUCGUUAAAAUCGAAUACGCUAAUUAUUAAACAGAAUUAAAGGAUGAUAGUAGCUGUAAUAGUGAAAAUGGAUGCUAAACAAUCCCCCAAGCAAACAAACAAACAAACAAACAAACAGAAAACAGAACAACAACACCACGCGUAGAACCACCACUCUAGCGCCGCUGAUUGAUUCGGGCACCGGUAAGCCAAAAUGGCGAAAGCGAAAAAAAAAGAAAUUCUUUAAUAAUGGUUGAACACUGAACAGCCGAAUACGAGAGAAUGUGUAGCAAUUCAAAAAAACAAAACCCAAUCGCUGAGCAAACAGUAAUAAUUAUAGCGAAAAAUUAUACAAAUAAAGCUAGGAGAGAAA